AUGUCCAGCGGUAAAUUCCUUAGAUUUGUCGUCACCACAAAGGGUAUCUAUAUUGAUCCCGAUAAAGUGAAGGUGAUACAUGAACUGCAACCCCCGAAGAACCUCAAAGAACUCAGGGGAUUGCAAGGACGAUUGGCUUAUUUUCAUGGGUUAGAGAGACGGGCUCUACUCCUAUCUCAGUAUGACCUACAUUUUAAGCAACAGAAAUCAGUGAAAGGACAAGCAAUUUGCGAUCUUCUAGCAGCUAACCUUAUGAAGGAUACAGCCGAAUUGUACGAAGAUUUGCUGGAUGAAACCCACGAAGUCAAUACUACUUCGCAUCAACAAGUGUGGCAACUGUAUUUUGAUGGGGCUUCCCAAGCAACCAAUGUGGCGAGCACUCCAGGAUGUUCGAAAAUAUCUUCAGGAAUCGGAGUUAUCCUAGUUUCCCCAGAGAAACACAUAUUGCCUCAAGCUUAUUCACUUACUGAGUCAUGCUCCAAUAAUAUAGCUGAAUACAAUGCGCUGCUCAUUGGACUCAGUUUCGCCAAAGAGCUUGGGGUCAAAUAUCUCAAAGCUUUUGGUGAUUCUCAACUGAUAGUCAAUCAAGUUCGGGGAGAGUACGAAGUCAGAAACCCAGAUUUGAUUCUAUACUACCAGGCAACUAUUGAAAUGGCAAACUUAUUUGAAGAAUUCUUCAUCGAGUACAUCCCACGUCUCUAG